CAAUAAUAAACCUAAAAUAGUCUUUCGACACUUUACGUCGUUCUCUCGCUUGUGAGCUACAAGCAACCCUAACCGAUAGCGCAAGUUGCUAUCAAUUGGUAUCAGAGCCUGCGAUGGUAGGGACGGCUGCGGAGAGGUGUACCGCGCUUGAGCAGGCCGUGGAAGAGCUGCAGGCGGCGAUUGCGGAGCUGCGCGGUGGGCAGCAGGAGGCGGACCUCACCCUCCCGGCGCUAGGCGAGCGUUUCGCCGGGGUGGACCAGGGUCUCCACGCGUUGGGCGGCCGGUUCGACAGCAUGGAGAGAGCCAUUCGUGACCUUCUCAAGGGAAAAGGGCUGGCGUAUGACGGGGGCUCCGGGGAGAAGGAAACGACAGCCGCGAAGGAGGGCGAGCGCCGUGGAUCAUCGGCGUCAGGGGACUCCGGGCGGCGGCUCGACUUUGGGCGGUCCAGCGGAGGGGAGCCGAAGAACGGCGAUGGCUCCCGAGGGGCCGAUGGUGGCAGGAGCAGCGGCGGGGGAUUCCUCGCCAAACUCGCUAGGCUUGAGUUUCCGCGAUUCGCCGGAGAGGAACCAGGGGCGUGGUUCCCUAGAGUCGAACAAUUUUUCGAGUACCACGAAGUUCUGGAGGAGCAACGGGUUUCGUUGGCUUCGUUCCACCUGGAGGGCGAGGCAAACCAAUGGUGGCAGUGGCUGAAGAGGACAUACAAGGAUGCCGGGGAGUCCAUCUCAUGGGAACUGUUCGCGCAGGAGCUGUGGGCGCGAUUUGGGCCAACAGAGGGCGAAAGCUGCGACGAGGCUCUCUCUCGGAUUCGCCAGACAGGAUCACUCCGGGAUUAUCAGCGCAAGUUUGAAAAGCUCGCUAAUCGUUGCGUUGGCUGGACGGAGCAAGCAUUGGUGGGAACCUAUAUGGGCGGGCUCAAACCCGAGAUCGCAGAUGACAUUCGUAUGUUUCGUCCGCAAUCCCUCCGGGAGGCAAUCAGCCUGGCACGGAUGAAGAGCGACCAGCUGCAGCGGCCUAAACAACCGUCGAGUCGCGCGGCAUCCAGUCCGGCGCCAAGUUCGGGGGCGGCGGGGUAUGGCAGCGGGCCGACAGGGGCUCGCGCGGCGACCGCGGCGGGACUAGGACCACCACGAGGGGCUGCUGGUGGCAAAAGGUUGACCUGGGAAGAGCAACAGCUGCGACGCGCUCAAGGGUUAUGUUUCAAUUGCGACGAACGGUUUACGAUCGGGCACAAAUGCGGCACGGCCAAGAUCAUGUGCUUGUUCGAGGAGGAGGAGGCGGAAUGUCAACCUUGGGGACAAGGUUGAAAUCGAAGGGAGGAGGAAUGGUAGCAACCCAUUCGGCCAGAGGAGGGCUCGACGAGAUAGGUGGGCUUUUGGAGUUAGUUGCUUUAAUUAUGUUAUGUUCUUAAUUGGGUUAGCUUGUGUUAGAGUAAGUACGUAGGUUAGUGCAUGGGCCAAGUAAGUAGUAGUAGAGGGAUGGGUUACGUAUUAAGGAGUUGAGGUAAAAGUUAGUUUGGGUUGGGAUAGGAGAGCGCCGAGAGGCCUAGUAGGGGUCGGCUAGGGUUGUUGGUUGCGUAUUAGGUUUAGACGCCUAUAUAUUGUAAUCACGGCAUUAGUCCAAUCAAUCAAUAAUAAACCUAAAAUAGUCUU